AUGGCCGAUUGUCGCCCACAUAAGCAGUCGUUUCGGGCUGGCAGUCACACAUCAACUUGCUUCGGCCAAUUGGAUUCAAAAACGGAGAUGCCGCAUGCGGCCGCCCUCCGGACAAUGCUGCGGGAGUGGCGGCACGCCCCGUGCUUCACGAAUGCCAACACCCGUGAUGCUGACGGACAAAAGUUUGAUGUUGACAGUCGUCUAAACGGGGGGGCAGAAGAACAGGAGGCAAUCGCUGAUUGGUCGGCAGAAACAGGGAACCAAAAAUGGGCUGCGCUGGUUUUGACUUUGCAUAGAGACGGCCGAUACGACCUGAAACGGGUCCAGUCUCAGAAGAGGGCAGCAAGGAAGCCGCACUGGGAUUCGAGCACGGCACGAAAGGCUACAACUACUGUGCAGAAUAGGCCGGAGUUGAAUACACUGGCCAGGGCUUACGGCCAAACGCUGUUGGGUCGGAGUCAGCUUGGCACUGCCGCCAAUUACCAUGGGAGACAGCUCUUGAAAAGCAGAGGAGCAGAAUGGAGCACCCAAACGGCGAGGAGUCGGGGUUUGGCUGAAAACGGCUUCGAUUUAGGAGGAGUAAACAAAGGCACGUGUUGGAGCAUGGCGUCAGCAGCAACCUCUUCACGACCCUCGGCGCCUGGCUUUGGUUCCGUAGUUUCCAGCGGCAGUGAAAGUAGAGAGGGAAGGAAAGGCCGGCAGAGGUGGCAGACUCCAUUGAAAACCGGGUUUUUUCAAAAAACUUCUGCAUACUGCUCUUGUGAGGAGGAGGAUACGAGGUUACAAACCGUAGGGAGCUCUGACCAGUCCGGGAGAUCGUCAGUCGAAAUCGAACCCUGUGCUGACGUCAGCACAGGCCAGGUCCGCAUAGAAGAACUAGAGGCGUCCACUAGCAAAAUGCAAGAAGUCGACGGACUUGGGUUUGAGUCUGAUGAGGCGCGAGUUGCGGCAGGCAGUGGGCAGCUCCUUGGGCUUGUCUAUCUGAAACGGAGCUUUCUUGACGGGAUGGCAGCAACAGAAGCGGAGUACGACGUCUGGAUCUCGAACUUUCGAGCGCAGCUGCGGGGCAUGCAGAGCCGACUGCAGAAGCACUGGGCCGUACAUGACCCGAAAUAA